UAUAUAAUAAGUGAUUCACUUCGAGAAUGUGUUGAUUCUUACACAGUAACUGAUAUCACUCCGUGGAAGCAAGAUGAAAAUUGUUCUGUUAAUUUCUUUGUUACUUCUAUCACAAUUUGUUGAUAGCAGGGUAGCUUCUGGUGAGACAAAUAUAGAAGAAUAUGACGAAUUAACAUCUGUACCGUGCGUUCUGAGAACUUUGCAAGGAGGCGAUCCUUUUCCUUCAGUGGUUGUGAAAUGGCAAGGUGAACUACAAAGAUUGACGUGGAAUAAAGAUAGAAGUAUAAGACUGGAUCAGAAUUACAAGCAGCCCGAAGUAUCACAUGCCUAUCCCACAGGAGGACUUUCUGGAGGUCAACAAACUGUAGUUGUGGACCCAUUUCGCGAUGCUCCAGUAGUGCCAGAUUCUUACAAGGUCGAAGAUAUUAAAGAGUGGUUUAGUAAACAAUGUGUCACUUCAUACUGAACUUCGUGUAUGUUGAGUGGAGUUUAAUAUUAUUUCUGUACGUUCUUGGUAGUUCACUGAAAUUAAAUAAAUAAAAAUAUGUCAAUAGUA